AUGACGCAGCGCCGUCCCCACCAUACAUUCAGUUCAAGUAUGAAAACAAUAAACAACCCUGAGAAACGGGAGAUAUGCAAGAAGAUCUGUCGUCCAGUUUCGACAGAAAUACAGCUAAAAGAUUAACUGGAACAACCAUAGACGAGUUGAACAUUCUGUAAAACGACGUUGGACUCAUCGGUCCUGACACAAAGGAUUUCCGAGAGACGGCUUUCCCUUAGCCCCUUCUAGCUAGCCAUGUAGCUCGUUCUUCGUUAGUACACUUUGCUUUCUUUGUUAUGCAGUUGCCAGAGGACUGUUUUCGCAUUCGUUUUCCUCCAUCUCUUCGCUCCCUCACCCUGAACUUGCUGGCCCUAUGUCUCGCUGGCUUUUCCCCUGGUCAGGCUCAAUCAAGAAGCGGGCCUGUCGGUACCUCUUACAGCAUUACCUCGGUCACUUCUUGCAAGAACGACUGAGUUUGGAACAGUUAAGUUUGGACCUGUACAAUGGUAGUGGUGUCGUCAAAGAAAUCAACAUCGACGUUUGGGCGGUCAACGAACACUUGGAGUCUCUUGGGGCUCCAUUUGAGAUUGUGGAUGGGUUUGUGAGCAGCAUAGAGGUGACAAUUCCCUGGUCAGCUCUUGUCACCGACCACUGCACCCUCAUCAUCUCAGGCCUUCAGAUAACAUGCAGACCCAAGUACAGGAGCAGUGGGGGGUUGGACUCCCAGGGCUGGUCCACAUGCAUGACCUCCAGCAUGCAGCUGGCCCAGGAGUGUCUAAAGGACCCCCCUGAGGCGUCAGAGGAGCCGCCCGCUCCACUGGAGGGCCUGGAGAUGUUUGCACAAACUAUUGAGACAGUCCUGCGUCGGAUCAAAGUCACCCUCCUGGACACCAUCGUCCGAAUCGAGCACCAGCCCCUGGACAUGGAGACGGGCAUUGCCUUAGAGGUGCACAUCAAACGGCUGGAGUACUGUGACGAGGCGGUGAGGGACCCCAGCCAGACGGUGCCUGUAGACAUCCACCAGCCGCCUGCCUUCCUGCACAAGAUCCUCCAGCUCAGCUCUGUUCAACUGCUGUACGAGACCACCGGAGGGCCCCAGGGUCCUUUCAGAGCGGACACCACUGGCUCAGCCUCAGCCAGCGAGGAGGAGGAGGAGGGUGUUGAGGAGGAGGAGGAGGAGGGUGUUGAGGAGGAGGAGGAGGAGGGUGUUGAGGAGGAGGAGGAGGAGGGUGUUGAGGAGGAGGAGGAGGAGGGUGUUGAGGAGGAGGAGGAAGAUGACCCUCCAGCCGUCCAGCAGCCCCUCCUCAUCGGCAGCUGCUCUGGCUUCAUGGAGACCACGGUCAAGAUCAAACAGAACGAGAUGUUGCCUGGACCUAAGUUGGAGCUGGAUGGGAAGGUGGGUUGCCUCCACCUGCUGCUCUCCCCAGACCAGAUCACUCACCUGACCGACCUUCUGUCUGCCCUCUGCAUCGGCACAGAGCCUAAGCCCAGUGGUGCUGGGGUUCACAGCCGUCCCCUGGACUCUGAGGACCUGCGUCUGAUAGAGGAGGACUUGAGCAAACAGUUGAGCUCCAGCCCCGGAGACGGAGAUCUGGACUGGGACGAAGAGCCUGACAUGGAGCCUUACCUCACCGGUCUGGAGAACGGGGAUAUGUUCUUCUCCAUGGGUCCUGGUAUGACUAGCAGUGUGACGUCCGCGCGCUCUCUCUCCGACAGCAUGGCGUCGUCUACACACAGCCAGGCUAGCUACGCCCAGGGCCUACCACAGGGUCCCAGGCAUUAUCCUGUACCAGGAUCACUAUCCAGCCUGCCACAGUGUAGCAGAAUACCAGGGCGAAGUAGCCAAUCAGAGCCACUGAAGCCAGAGGUGUUGCUCCGCCUCUCGCUUGGCGGGCUCACCCUAACCCUACUGGAGCAGGACCCGCCCCCCGGGCCGGACGCAGCUUCCUCAUUGGCCCAGGUGUCUCAGGUUUUCUUCCGGGAGCUGGCCUUCUUCAAAGACAGCAUGUUCAGCGAGAGAGACUUCCACCACCUCAGGGCUAGCUUCGCUAAAGCCUGCCCCCACUCACACCUCAGGAUGACUGGAGCAGCGGUACAGGUGGCGUGUGAGAUGCGCAGUGCAGGUCGCCACUCUCGUGCUGUGACCUCUGACCUGUCCUUCAGUAGGCUAGAGUUGCUUGAGUGUCUCUGGGAGCCAGGAAAGCCCCAAUACACUGAGUUGCUCCACUUCCAGCGUGCUGGAAUGUUCACAGUGGGAGCUACAGCCAGACCCUGUGCACAGCUACACUACAGUCUCACAGAGAAACACCUGCGCAAGGGGAGGCAGCGUGUUCUGCGUAGAGACAGUGUAGUGAGGGUAGAGUUGGGAGAGCUGAGUGCUGAGUUGGACCUGGACAUACUAAGUCGACUGGAGUCUCUGAGCAGAGCCUGCAGCCACUGUCCCACACAGACCGGAGGAGGACCCGUCCACACACAGACCCAGAGCAGUGAGCUGCACUCCUCUCUCUCCCUCCUCUCGCCCCACGCCAUCCUCAAGCUCCGCUUCCCCAUCCCGGACCUCCGGCCGUACCCCCUCCGACGCCCGCCUUCCCAGAGGUCCGUGCGGCAAGAGAACCUGGUGCUAGAGCUGUGUGACCUGGAUAUCCGCUCCCAGGAGGGCCCUGACCUACAGCCGGAUCCCCAUGCACCCCCUGGCCCCUCCCAUGGCUCCCUCACACAGCUACUGGAGGCCAGCUUCAGUGACAUGCACGGAACGUACGAGGGCUGGGAGGGAGGUUCCUUCCCCUGUAUCAGAGUCAAGAAGAGUCAAGACUCCAUGGCCAAGCUGUCAGUGCGUGUGAGUGGAGGAGAGGGUCUGGGGUCAGGGUUAGGGGGGGUAGGGGUGGGUCUGAUGAGGGACCUGGGAUCCAUGUCGUUUGAGAACCCCUGUGAACUCCGAGAGAAGACCAGCUCUCCCUUCUCCUCCAACCGCACCAUGUUCGAGACUGAGGAGAUGGUGAUCCCAGCAGACCCAGAGGAGAUGCAACAGUUCCAGUCUCAGUGUGUGUCUCAGUGUGUAGUAGAAGUCUCUCUGCCCCUGGCCUACAUCUUCCUGCCCAGCAAACAGGCCUUCCAGAGUGUCUACAACAGGAUCAAUAAUGACCUGUUGAUGUGGGAAGCCUCUCCCCCCUCAGACCCUAAGAGCGACCACAGCCCCCAACACCGUCGCCAAGACAAUGACUAUUUCCAUCUUUGCAAGUCUGCCUUCAAACUAGACUCUGAGGAGGAGGAGGAGGAAGAUGCUCAGUUCUACACAGCCAGUGUAUCAGCCAGAUGCGGGCAGUCGGAGCCCCGCCCUAACCACAACCUCAGCUUGCUCUCCCUCACCGUCGUCAUAGGGAAGGGCCGCCUCCAAGCUAUGACGGACAGCAAGGGAGAGACAGGAAGUCAGGAGGACCGGUGUCACGGAGAGCUCAUGUUGGACCUGGAAGGGGGAAAGAUGUUCAGUGUGGCGCAGCAUCAGAACAACCCCCAUCUCAGCUUCCUGUGCUUGGAGAGCAGGAGGGUGGAGCUUUACCACAAAGCUGUAGUGAAAGACUCCCCCGUCCCCAGACGGUUAGAAAUGCCCAGCUUCACUCCCCCAGGGCAUCUGGACCCUACCAUUUACCCCACAGAGGUGGGGGUGAGCAGUGUGAGUGGCAGGGAGACUGAGGUCCACAUGUUAUCCACAGCUUUCAAAAUAACCCUGGACCCUCAGAGGAACGUCAAGGAGUUCCUGGUUGCCCUUCGUCUCCAUGGCGCCACUAUGCGACAUCAGAUGGCACAGACCAAUCACAGCUGGCACGAACAGCUGGUUGAUUUUCUGGAUGUCAUUGAUGACCCGAUCCUGGGCUAUACAUCUCCUGCAGUUAUUACCGUCCUACACACACACCUGGCCACCUGUGCCGUGGACUACAGGCCCUUGUAUCUUCCAUUGAGGGUGUUGUUCACAGCAGAAUCCUUCUCUCUGUCGAGUAACAUCAUCGUAGACACGGCCACCUUUCACCUCAGGUUUAUCCUGGAUGACUCUGCACUGUAUCUCUCUGAUAAAUGUGAAAGUGAUGUUGUGGACCUGAGGCGAGACUAUGUGUGUGUUCUGGACAUUGAUCUGCUGGAGCUGGCCAUUACCACAUGGAAAGGCAGUGAUAAAGGGAAACUGUCCCAGCCUCUGUUUGAACUGCGUUGCUCCAACAACGUAGUCCACCUCCACACCUGUGCUGACUCCUGUGCUGCCCUGGUCAACAUGCUGCAGUACCUGGUUUCCCAGGGAGACCUGCACCCGCCCCCCCGACAAACAUCACCCACUGAGAUUGCGGGACAGAAACUGCCGUUGUCAGAAAGUCCCGCCUCCUUGCCACCCUGCCCUCCAGCUGAGACUGCUGAGAUCAACCAGUGCGAUCUCCUUGAUGCUUUGAUUGACACCGAGAGGAGCCAUCCAGAUGAGGAUAUGGACUCGGGUUCUCCCACAGUCCCGCGGGGCUCACCUGUCUCUGUCUACCUGUUCCCCGGGGAGGCUCCCAAGCUCCCCCCACCUGUUAUCAUUGAUGGGGAGGAGUCAGAGCUUGACGGACUGGUGGCGACAGCCACUGAGGUGCAGGCAGAUAUGAUGUCAGAGGAGGGCUCUGAGUGUUCAGAGGACAACGAGGACUUCUGCAUCCUAGAGGCUCCUGGGAUGGGUAUACCUCCCAGAGACGGGGAGCCCAUGGUGACGGUGCUAACUGAGGGUCCUAUCAGGGUGAGGGAGGGCCACUUCUCCCGACCGCGGGGCAGCUCUGACCUGCUGCGGGCCCCCAGCCACUUCCCUGUCCCCCAGAGCAGGGUGGUGCUACGAGAGGUGUCUGUUGUCUGGCAUCUGUACGGCGGGAGAGAUUUCGGGGGCAAGGCCUUGUCUACACACACGCAGCAUGGAAACAGGGGUCGCUCUGCCCCCUCUGGGAUGCGUGGGUCCCCGUCCCGCUCCGCUGCUCCGUCACGGCCACAGAAUUCUUGGCGUUGGGCUGGAGGUGGUGGACGACAACACAACCUGCUCAUGGAGAUCCAGCUCACCAAGGUGAGCUUCCAGCACGAGUCGUAUCCGGUGGUGGUGUCUGCGGCUGGGCCGUGUCAGGAGGGAAGGAUGCCUGGGGUGGGGGUUGGCGCGGUGGGCGAGCAGCCUCUGUCCCGCCAGGUGUUCAUCGUUCAGGAGCUGGAGAUACGCGACCGCCUGGCCUCGUCCCAGCUCAACAAGUUCCUCUACCUGUACACAAGCGAGAGCAUGCCCCGCAGAGCACACUCCAACAUGUUAACAGUGAAGGCCCUGCAGGUGUGUCCAGACUCAGGUGUAGGUGGUCCAGAGUGUUGUUUAAGAAUCAGCCUCCUCCCCCUCCGACUCAACAUCGACCAGGAUGCCUUGUUUUUCCUGAAGGAUUUCUUCAGUAGUCUGGCUGCUGGAGUUAACCCCUACCUGCCUAUGGAUCCUGCAGCUGAGGUGAAGACAGACCCUUCUCAGAAGCCCACUGAAGAUGGGGUCAUUGGCACGGAGACCACUUCUGGUCUGGGUCCUGACCUCACUGCUUCUGUAGAAACCACCUAUAGUGAGCAGAGCUCCUCGUCCUCUGGCUCCACCUCUUCCACUGAUCAGCCAAUCUACUUCCGGGAGUUCCGUUUCACCUCUGAAGUCCCCAUCUGGCUGGACUACCAGGGCAAGCAUGUGGUCAUUGAGCAGGGAACGUUUGCAGGGAUUCUUAUUGGUUUGGCCCAGCUGAAUUGCUCUGAACUGAAGCUGAAGAGACUUUGCUGCCGACACGGACUUCUAGGUGUAGAUAAGGUGAUUCAGUACGCUGUCACUGAGUGGCUGACAGACAUCCGAAAGAACCAGCUGCCGGGCAUUCUGGGAGGUGUAGGCCCCAUGCACUCUGUAGUUCAGCUGUUCCAUGGAGUCAGGGACUUGUUCUGGAUGCCCAUAGAGCAGUACAGGCGGGACGGCCGCAUUAUCCGGGGUCUCCAGCGGGGGGCAGCGUCCUUCGGUACCUCCACUGCCUCUGCUGCUCUGGAGCUCAGCAACAGACUGGUGCAGGCCAUACAGGCCACAGCGGAGACUGUGUAUGACAUCCUGUCCCCAACGCCCCCCCUGAACCGUUACAUCACAGAGGGCCGACCGCCUUCCAACCAGCCCCGCCGACCCCACCAGCCUGCCGACCUCAGAGAGGGCGUGGCUAAGGCCUAUGACACUGUCAGAGAGGGUAUGAUGGACACAGCUCAAACGCUAUGUGACGUGGCGUCUCGCGGGCAUGAGCAGAAAGGUCUGCCUGGUGCUGUGGGCGGAGUCCUGCGGCAGAUCCCGCCCACCGUCGUCCGUCCUUUAAUAGUGGCAUCCGAGGCAACGUCCAACCUACUGGGGGGCAUGCGGAACCAGAUCAAGCCAGAUGCACGGAAGGAGGACUUCUUAAAAUGGCGCUCCGACGAAGGCCAAGAGUGAUGAUUCUGGUGGUGGCUGGGUUAAAGGUUAAGAAUAUGGUGGUGAAGUUAUGUGGCUGAACCGAUGAAGGGAGUGAAUGUGUGAGAGUUUUUAAUGCAAAAAAAC